AUGCUCACCCCCCUCCGUCGCCCACGCUCACUUCCCGAUUGUCGCCGACGCGCACUCCCCUCCGUCACAGACGCGCAUCCCCUCCGUUGCCUAGAGUCACUCCCCUUCAUCGCCACGCUCACUCCCCUCCGUCCCACAUGCUCGCCCAUGCUCACCUUUGAUUCCACACGUCCUCUCCCAUCUCCGCCUCCCCAAAUCUCCGCCUCAUCCCAGCUCCGCCUCACCCCAUCUCCGCCUCUCCCCAUCUCCGCCUCUCCCUAUCUCCGCCUCAACCCAUCUCCGUCUCACCUCAUCUCCCCCUCAUCCCAUCUCCCCCUCACCUCAUCUCCGCCUUACCUCCUGUCUGCCUCAUCCCUUCUCCCCCUCACCUCAUCUCCCCCUCAUCCCGUCUCCCCCUCACCUCAUCUCCGCCUCACCUCAUCUCCCCCUCAUCCCAUCUCCCCCUCAUCCCAUCUCCCCCUCACCUCAUCUCCGCCUCACCUCAUCUCCGCCUCACCUCGUCUCCGCCCCACCUCACCCGUCGUUCAUCUCUGCCUCAUCCCUUCUCCCCGGACCUCAUCUCCCCCUCAUCCCAUCUCCCCCUCACCUCAUCUCCGCCUCACCCCGUCUCCGCCUCACCUCAUCUCCCCAUCAUCCCAUCUCCCCCGCAUCCCUUCUCCCCCUCACCUCAUCUCCCCCACAACUCAUCUCCGCCUCACCUCAUCUCCACCUCAUCCCAUCUCCUCCUCAUCCCAUAUCUGCCUCCCUCUUCCAAACCCAUGCUCUCCCCAUCCCUCCUCUCCCAUGCCUCCACUCCCCAUCCAUCCUGUCCCCAUCCCUCCUCUCACCCCUCCUCCUCUCUCCUUGUGGUGCAACUCAAGACACACGAGCGCCUCCCUCAUCUCUGCUCCCGUAGCCUCUCCCCAUCCCUCCUCUACCCAUCCCUCCUCUACCCAUCCCUCCUCUACCCAUCCCUCCUCUGCCCAUCCCUCCUCUACCCGUCCCUCCUCUGCCCAUCCCUCCGCUGACCCCACCCCAUCCCCCCAAUUCCUCCUCUCUCCGUCCCUCAGCUUCCGACUCCUCCGCUCCCCAUCCCUCCGCUCCCCAUCCCUCCGCUCCCCAUCCCUCCACUCCCCAUCCCUCCACUCCCCAUCCGCCUCAUCCCAUAUCCGCCUCAUCCCAUAUCCGCCUCACCCCAUAUGCGCCUCACCCCAUAUCCGCCUCACCCCAUAUCCGCCCCACCCCCUCGCAUCCCACUCACGGCGUUCCUUAUGGUUUUCCCCAGCAAAUGAUGGAGCCCAUUCCCUAAUCCCCAAGCUACCUCCCUCCCCUUCUCCCCUUCUCUCCUCUGUCCAGCCAUGCAGUGGCAUCACACUUCAACGGCCGCGUUCUCUUGUUACCACCUCUCCCCAUCCCCUUUCCAGCCCAUCCCCUUCUCUCCCCAUCCCCACUUCUCCCCAUCCCCUUCUCUCCCCAUCCCCUUUCCUCCCCAUCCCCUUCUCUCCCCAUCCCCACUUCUCCCCAUCCCCUUUCCUCCCCAUCCCCUUCUCUCCCUAUCCCCACUUCUCCACAUUCCCUUCUCUCCCCAGCCAUUUCCAACCCCACCCACAUCCCUUCAACGCCUUCCAAGUGUCGCCCUACCACCCCUCCUCCCUACCUUUGACCCCACACUCUCUUGCUGCUGAAAGCAAUCGGGUCCUGUCCUCAGGGGCCAGGAUCAAAUCCCCUCAUCUCCCUCACCCCUCCUCCGCCCCACCCCAUGUCAACAUCACCCCAGCUGUGCUGUGCCUCGCAUUCCCAGCUGUACAUGAAAGGCGACAUGCUGCGUGCACCCUUUGA